AUGGACGAAUUCCACUCUAUCCUGAGCACUGCCCUGUUCCGAUUGGGGACGGGACAGCAUGCGGAGGGCUAUGAGAAUGGAUAUAGUCUGGAGUCACGUGAGGAACAUGAUACCCUAACUCGCUGCAACGAAGUCAUGAGACAAGUCAUCCAUGGAGCUCUGUUCUUCCAAGGAAGAGACCUCCAGCUUAUGGCUGAGCUCUAUGUGGAGUGUCAGGCAAAUGGAAAGAAAUGUCCCAUUGAAGCCUGCCAUCUCCUUCGAAAUGCCCUCCUCCCCUUCGCAACAGAAUCGGUUCUCGAGGAGCUUGUUGAAUCCAAAUACUUGGUCGUGACGGAACGGUACCACCGUCAGAUCUCAGAGCUGGUCCUGGAUGGUGCUGCUCGUCGGCUGGGGCGUCUGGUCCGCAAGGAUCCCGAGGCUGACUAUCAAGUCAGCUAUGAUAAGGCAUACGACCCAGAGAGUGAGGUCGGCUUUUCUGCUUGUGACCGCGUGCUCCCAUCCAUCGAGGAUGAGGAGAUUUCCGACUCCGGCCCCAGGGAUGGGAUUAGUUCGCCUGCCAGCGUGGUUGUUGGCGACCGGGGCAUUGCUGCCUCGGCCGAACUGAGUUUUGACCGAGAGUCCUCGCAGAGGGUCCCUGCCUCGGGCCGCCACAAGAAGUCAGCGCGCAGCAAGAAGAAACUCAGUUCAAAGCAAAAGAGAUACGAGACUUCUUGCUCUCUCUCGAGCUCCGACUCAAAGCGCAACGAGCAACAGCUGUUCCGACCGGUCCCGAGUCGAGAACAACGAAAGCUGGCCAAUGACUUCCCCAUCGACGGGACGACGGAUGAGAAUGGGAUCGCCCAGCCCGCUGCAGCAAGUGGAAAGACUGCGAAGGCGAAGCCCACGACCUUGACUCCUAAGGGAAUCCGGGAUAUCGCACGCAGCGGGGACACCAAGAUGAUGAAGCAGCACGGCGAGGUCUUCUACACGACCACCGUGCUUGCGUACCAGAUCAAGUGGCCCUACGCCUGGACCAUCUUGGAAAGAAACAGAGGCAGAUUCAAGGUCUCUGACGACGUUCUCAACCGGGUUCUUCCCAAAUGGAAGGAAAUCAUCGAGGCCCAUGAGCUCCUGGCCACCGACACACCUGCUCCGCUAUCCCGAUCUCAGUCCCGGGUGUCUCGGGAGAUAUUCGCCGACGAGGAAGCUUCCGACAAGGAGAACCUCUACAAAGGCCCUGUUGCUGAUUUUGCACCUCUCCAAGAGCUUGGGACUGGAGACUUUACCACGCAAACCAUCACGAGCAAUCUCGACCAGCUGAACCGGUCCAUGGAAAGACUGAUUGCCAUCACCGAAAAGUCUGUGGCCACCAAUGAAAUGGUCGUCCAGGCUCUUCGAGACUUCCUCAAUGCACCGGCUGUAUCUUGCAGUCGAGAAAAGGCAAGCCAGAUCCUAGAACUUUCUCCUGUCAUCAAAGAAGAGAGUUCUCCCAGUUUUGGCCCUAUGUCCCGAUACAUACGGCUGGGCAAAGACGGUCCUCUGACAUUGAAUUCCCCUCGCCUUGGAAAGUUCAGUGCCCCGCGGUCUUGUUCGUCAAUCACCCCUGGGCCUCGAGAACUCGAAAGGACGGAGACUGAGUCUCGCAAUGAACAGCGGGGGUUGUUGUUGUUCGGGUAUGACAACGGAGUCAGGCCCAAUGUCCGGACCAGCCAGUAUGGUUCUAUUACACUGCAAUCACGAGCUCCUUCCUUUGAGUCUACAUCCUCGAAGAACCGCCCCACGAAGACUACUAAGUCCAGCCGCACUUGGUUGACGGAUCCCCACGAUGAGGUUUCGGGUGCAUCCUCCAGGGCAGCUUCGAAGACUCCAAUGGAUUUUCGUCGAUAUGAGACCCGGAGUGGGAAGCUCUUCGACAAGAUGUAA